ACUAGAACAUGCGAUGCUUCGCAAGAGAAAGAUGGUGCAAGCGAGCAAGAGAGAGAAAAAGAGAGAGAGAGAGUGAGAGAGAGAGAGAGAGAGAGAGACAGAGAGAGAGAGAGAGAGAGAGAGAGAGAGAGAGAGAGAGAGAGAGAGAGAGAGAUAGAGAGAAGGUGAGAGAGAGAAAGAGAGAGAGAGGGAGAGAGAGAGAGAGAGAGAGAGAGAGAGAGAGAGAGAGAGAAAGAGGGAGAGAGGGCAAGAAAGAGAGAGAGAGAGAGGGAGAGAGAUAGAGAGCGAGAGGGAGAGUGAGAGAGAGAG